AUGAACCCCAUCUUCAACAGUGCGGCGGGUCGCGUUCAUCUACCGAAUGCUCUUGCCCGUGUCACGCAACGCUCCAGCGGCCGCGUGCUCAUAGUGCGCAGGAAGUAUCAUGACGAAUCAUUCGGCUUCCGAAAAGCACGCCAGUUUACAAUCCCAGAUUAUACCUCUGAGCAGCUUGCUAACCGCACAACCAAUGCUCCCCUGCUGCGGUAUGCUGACUCUCUGCGCACGCACGGUCACAGAGCCGCGUCUAUCGACCCUCUUGACCUCCUCCGUCGCGAGCGCGUUGCCGCUCUCGACCCCGUGCGCUAUGGCCUCGACGACCCCGGUCGUACAUUUGACGUAGACGGUAUCCUCUGGACCGGCGAGGGCAAACAGGAAUGGUCCCUUGACAACAUCACCUCUUUCCUCAACUCCGUCUACGUCGGCCGUAUCGCAUAUGAAUAUAUGGACCUCCCGAGCAAGACGGAGAGGCUGUGGUUCGCAAAGCUAUUGGAGUCUCAGAGUGCUUUGGAGCCCCAUAUCGUGAAUGCGGAUAGACGAAAGAACAUACACACUCUGCUCGCCAAGUCGGAGGUGUUAGACAAUUUCUUACAGGUCAAGUUUCCGAAUCUGAAGAGAUAUGGACUUGAAGGAGGGGAAUCCAUGAUUCCCGCAUUGGACGCGUUAUUCGAGGCUGCGUCCAAAGCCGGCAUAACUCAGCUCAUCCUUGCUAUGCCUCACAGGGGACGCCUUAAUCUGCUUACAGGGCUCCUAGAUUACGACCCUACCUCCCUGUUUCACAAAAUCAAGGGCGGAUCCGAAGUGGACGAAUCCUUGGGUGUUUCCGGGGACGUCCUCAGUCAUCUUGUUGCAUCUCCGACGUUGCAGUACGGUGAAGCUGAUGGCAUCAAAGUCUCGUUGCUACCAAAUCCAUCCCAUUUGGAGGCCGUGAGCCCUGUUGCACUUGGAAAAGCCAGAGCGAAGCAAUACAGCUUGCUUAAAACCUUAUCUAACGGCAAGAAUAACCAAGACUGUAUGCUUGGCGAUAAGGUUAUGUGCGUCCAAUUGCAUGGCGAUGCCAGCUUCACAGGACAAGGGGUGGUAAUGGAAACCCUUGGAUUGAGCGGUCUUCCACACUUCACAAGCGGAGGAAGUGUCCACAUUGUCGUCAACAUCGGAUACACCACUCCCGCCUCCUCCGCCCGCUCUUCCGUUUACUGCAGCGACGUGGCUAAGAUGAUAAAUUGUCCAGUUCUGCACGUCAACGGAGACUACCCCGAAGACGUAGUUCGCGCUGUCGACAUCGCCUUCAAGUAUCGCAACCACUUCCGCAAGGACAUCGUCAUCGAUCUCAUCGUUUAUCGCCGCUGGGGACACAACGAGCUUGAUGAACCAGCAUUCACACAGCCGCUCAUGUACGAAAAGAUUCGUUCAAGGAGUUCUGUCCCGAGGUUGUACGAGGAUAAGCUCAUUUCGGAUGGCGUGAUCUCGCCUGAAAUUGCACGAGCUGUCCGAGACAACUACAAAGCCUCGCUGAAUGCCGCGCUGACGGAUGUAGCGUCGUAUGUCCCUCCUCCCUUAAGCUUCGAAGGCUCGUGGAAAGGCAUGGUUUGGCCAGCAUCUCCCGAAGCACGUCAAGAAGUGACAGGCGUGAGUAGUGCUGUGCUCAGGGACGUUGGCAAAGCUAGCGUACAUGUUCCUGAGGGGUUUCAAAUCCAUCCGCGGUUGAACAGGCAUGUGAAAAACCGCCUUGGGAGCAUCGAGAGUGGUGGGGGAAUCGACUGGGCAAGUGCAGAGGCGAUGGCGUUCGGCUCGCUUAUGCUUGAGGGGUGUGAUGUGCGUAUUGCGGGGCAGGAUGUAGGGAGGGGAACGUUUAGUCAUCGCCACGCGAUGUUGGUGGACCAGAAGACGGAGGGCGUGAUUGUUCCGUUGAACCACGCGCUUACGGAGGCGAAGGGCAAGCUGGAGCUGGCAAAUAGCUCUCUCAGCGAGAUGGCCGUACUUGGCUUUGAAUACGGCGCAUCUUGGGAACGACCUGAUUUAUUGCCCAUCUGGGAGGCACAGUUUGGCGACUUCUUCAACGGCGCACAAGUUAUUAUCGACACGUUUAUUGCGAGUUCAGAGACUAAAUGGCUGAAGCAGAGCGGGAUCGUCCUGCUCCUCCCUCACGGUCUAGACGGUGCUGGCCCUGAGCAUUCUAGUUCCCGUAUAGAGCGGAUGUUGCAGGCAAAGAAACCGAAUGUAAACAUGCACGUAGUGUUCCCGACCACACCUGCGCAAUACUUCCAUCUUUUACGCCGCCAGAUCAAGCGGAACUACAGGAAACCGCUCAUCGUCGCUGCUCCAAAGGGGCUUCUUCGACUUGCUGCUGCAUCGUCGAAGCUGACUGACAUGGCCCCAGGAACUGCGUUCCAGCCCGUUCUCCACGACCCAGCAACCCUCGCAGACACCAAAGCCGUCAAGCGCGUCGUGCUGCUCAGUGGCAAGAUCUACUACGACCUUGCCAAAGAGCGCGCCACACGCGACAUUGAAUCACGCGUUGCCCUCGUGCGCAUCGAGGAACUUGCACCGUUCCCGUUUGCUGCGCUCAGUGAAGCGCUUGCACCGUAUGCCGAGGCCAACGGGCGCUUGGAGGUGUUGUGGGUCCAGGAGGAGCCUAGGAAUCAGGGCGCGUGGGGGCAUGUGCGGGAGCGUGUUGAGGAGGUGUUGAAGGGGUUGGGCAUGGAGGGUGGUGUGGCGUAUAGGGGGAGGAGGGAGGACGCGGUGCCUGCGCCGGGGACUGGGAAGGUGUAUGGGAUACAGCAGAGGGCUGUUGUUGAGAGUGUUUUUGAGGGACUGUGA